AGCGUCGUAGCGGCAAGCGACGCGCGCUCUCCUGCCCUCUGACCCCGUCCGCGGAAGCUCCUUCCGGGAGGGGCGGCGGGAGCGAGCCAGGCGCAGGCGCGGCGGGACAGGAGCAGCGGGCCGGGGGCUCAUCCGGAGGGGCGCAGGGAGGCCAAGCCGAGCUCGGGGCCGCCUUCCGGCCAUGAAGCCCCCGCGGCUGCCGGACCCGCGGAAGCUGCUGGCCGGGCUGGCGGCCACGCGCGCCGACGGGGCAGUCCCGGCGCCGGACGAGCAGCUGCGGGAGCUGGAGAGGAGGCUGCAGUGUCGGGCCCGGCAGACCCGCGAGCGGCGGAUGCGGAAGCUGAUGGGGCCGCCGGAGCCGCCCGAGCGCACCUUGACCGUCCGGGCGAUGGAGCAGAUCCGGUACCUCCGGCGCGCCUUCCCCGAGGAGUGGCCGGCCGCCCGCCUGGCGCAAGGCUUCGGCGUCACGCCGGAGGAGAUCCGCCGGGUGCUGAGGAGCCGCUUCCGCCCGUCCCCCGAGCGGGGCCUGGAGCAGGACGCCCGCGCCGCCGCCCGCCGGGAGCGCCCCGCGCCGGCGCCCGCCGGGAGCGCCCUGCCCGCCUGCAGACCCGGUCCGGCGCCGCCGAGCCCCGCGUCGCCCUCCGGGCUCGAGCCGGACCGGCGCGAGAGCUGCUCUCCUGGGACUCCCCGCCGAGGAGCCCUUAGUAGCGGCUUCCGGGUCCUUCCCACCGGCGAGGAGGCGGCCCGCGGGAGCCCGUGGCUGAGCAGGGAAGGCCGGGCAAAGGGCGCUGCGCAGCCCCCGGAAGGAGGCAACCGGGAAGGGCCGCGAAGGGAGGAGGGCAAGUCGCGCUGGUCUAUUUUGCGGCCCCGGCCUGGCUGAGCUCUCCGGAGCAAGACCUGGCCCAGCAACCCCCCUCCCUCCUGGCCGGCUGAGGGCCCAAGAGCAUGGGCCCUAUGGGCAUCUUCGAAUUUGCCCUGAAUUGGUUAACUGAUUAUUGGAGAGAAAUAGAAGGGGAUGUGAUGUCUCCCUGAUCUCUUUCUGUUCCUUGGACUUUUUAAACAGUGUAGAUUGAAGCAAUUGACAAACACUGUAUAUUUUUCUAGUUUGCUGGUUUUUCCCCAAAUGAAGCAGUGCUGUCACUCGUCCCUUUAGCAGACAGAAGAGCCCAUGGUUGGCCCUGCACUCUUGGAGGGAAAGGGCCCAAAUAAACUCUGUCAUCCCCAA